CCUAAAAAUACAUUUUCUUUGUUUUCUUUUGCUUUUUUUUUUUUAUUAAUAGACAUGAACGAGCCUUGGAAAGAAGAGUGUAUAGCCUAUGAAGACAUCAAAAAAGAUAUAGAGUCAAGACAAAAGCAUCAUAAAUGGACUCAAGAAGACGAAAAAGAUCUUGAAACUGUGAUUCGCUCUGAAGCAAGCAGAAUUGAUGCUUUUAUUAAUAGAAAAGAAAGAGAAAUAGAGUCCCGUAUUGCUUAUUGUGAGCGAAUGUUGACUCAAAAACGACUUUCAUCAGCAAGUAGUCGUGAAACUAUCCGCCAUGACCUGAAAGAUAUUCUUUUGGACCUGAAUGACCUUGUAAAAUACACUCGUUAUAACUUUUUAAUGUUGCAAAAAUUGAUCAAGACACACGAUGAAUCGAGGCCAAAUUAUGCUCAUUUGCUUUUACUCAAUAUCACUCAAUCAGCAUCGCUUGAUGUUCAGCGAUUUGAUGCAACCUUGGUGAAAGCAUUCAGUCUACACGAACUGUGUUAUGAAGAACAACAACAAAAGGCAAAAACUGCCAGCUAUUGGGUUCAUCCUGAUCAUCUAAAUGAACUCAGGGCUAUUUUAUUGUUUCAUUUGCCUGAAUCAAAGGCCACUAAAACCAGCUGCCUUUAUAUUGAUAACUCCGAGUUUAGCGUAUACCAACAAUGCCUUGAGCGUGAUACAGAUGCUGAAUCGAUUUAUUUCCGCUGGGUUGGUAAUAAUGACACCAUCUCUGUUGAAAGAAACGCACGUCAUGUAUCCGAUAGCUUCCCAUUGAACGUUGACAAAGUAGAUGAUUUUGUUUCCGGUGUUUAUUCCGUAGACCACUAUGUUGCUGAUUUGCGUGCCAAGAAUACACCUCAAGAAACACUGGACGCUCACUAUCGUCUUGCCGCAGGUGUACAAGCAUCUAUAUUAGAAAAACAACUCAAGCCUGUAAUGCGCACUUAUGCAGAACGUACUGUAUUUGAACUAUCUUAUGCACGCCUUACACUGGAAACAGACUUGACCUUUGUACGUGAAACAAAAGAUGUUGGUAAUGUCUGGCAUCAACCUCGUAUUGGCUCAGAUACUAGUCAAUUUCCUUAUGCUCUACUCCAGAUUGAAUGUCAAACACCCAUAGAUCAUGCAUGGCUGACUGAACUCUUGGACUCGAAUCAAGUAUAUCAAGUGCCUUGUUUUUCAAAACAUUUGCAUGGUAUUUUUCUCUUUUGGAAGUCAUGUUUGCCCCUGUUGCCUUGGUGGUCAAGUCAGAUGGAACUGGAUAUUCGUCAUGGAACACAGUCAAUCAGCGGCAAUGAAGUAUUCACACAAUGCAAAAACCUAAAGACGUCUGUGGAUGGAAAACAACGUAUUGGCUAUCUCGAAUCCACUAUCGAAUACAUGUCUCGUCUUCAACGUUCAGAAACCAAAAAGGCUUCCCUUGUACGUUCUGUUUCAACAAGAUCAACAAAAAUGCCCAACUCUAGUCUUAGACAAAGUGGAAAUCCGUUUGAAGACCCUAUCUGGGCAAAACAAAACGAUGCUUAUGAACUCCCUAUGUUUACACUUCCUGAUCGACCUGCCUCUAGUCAUGACACAUUAGGUUCUACUAAAAACUCAAGUGUUCGUAUUGUACAUGAACAUCAAGACAGUUCUUCUACACGGCUCCUUGUAGACGAAAAGACCUCUUCAAUCAAAAAAACAGAUAAAGAAGAAAAGUACCUUGACACCUAUUUUGGCAAGGAUUUGGAACAAGGCAAACAAGAAGAAGACGAUAAUGAAGACAAAAAGAAAAAGAAGAAAAAGAAAGACGAAGGUGGAGGAGGAGCUAUUGUUGAGCCCAAGACACUGUUUGCUAAUGAACGUACUUUUAUUCAUUGGCUUAAUUUUGCUGCUACUUUAUUGACUACUGCUCUGACACUCAUGAACUUUGGUGAUCGUAUCAACAAAAUUAUAGGUGCCAUCUUUUUUGGCAUUGCAUUUCUCUUUGUGUUUUAUUCAUUUGGUUUCAACAGAUGGCGUGCUUACCGUAUUCUCUACAAGCCUCAUUUGCGUUUUGAUGAUAUGUAUGGUCCUGUCUUUUUAUGUGUUUUGCUUGUUGGUGCUCUUGUUCUGAACUUUGGAUUAAGAUGGAAUGCACCAAUGUCAACAACAUCUUAUCUUGGUACAAACGCAACAACAUCGGAUACAUCUGCUUAAUCAAUACUCUGUAUACCCUUUCAAUGACAUUCUAUUAUUUGCAAUAAAGCUAGAUGUGUAUUCAAAUAGAUCCAUUGUCAGACUAAUGGAAAUGCAAUUAAAAAAACCCCGUCACACUUUGUACAAC